UCUGAACAUCAGAUGUGACCCUGCCGUCAGAUUCAGGAGACUUCCUGUCCCGCCUCCAACCAUGAGUGACAUCUACGAGUCAGCGGCCAACUCUCUGGGUUUGUUCAGCAGUCCAUGUCUGACCAAAGUGGAGCUGCGGAUAACCUGCAAAGGGAUCCCAGACCGAGAUGCCCUGUCCAAACCCGACCCCUGCUUCGUCCUCAAGAUGCAGUCCCACGGACAGUGGAUGGAGGUGGACCGGACAGAGGUGAUUCGCAGCUGUGUGAACCCCACCUACUCCAAGGUCUUCACAUUGGACUUUUAUUUUGAAGAGGUGCAGCGUCUGCGUCUCGAGCUCUACGACAUCAACAGCAGCCACAACGGCCUGAAGGAGGCCGACUUCCUGGGCUCAGUGGAGUGCACGCUGGGACAGAUCAUCUCUCAGAGGAAACUGUCCAAAGCUCUGCUCAGACCAGGGGGCACCGUGGGGAAGGCCAUCGUCACGAUCACAGCAGAGGAGCUCACUGGGAACGAUGACUACAUUGAGCUCUCGUUCAGCGCCAGGAAAUUGGACGACAAGGACUUCUUCAGUAAAUCUGACCCGUUUCUGGAGAUCUACAGGCUGAAUGAUGACGCCACGCUGCAGCUCGUCUACAGAACUGAGACUGUGAUGAAUAAUCUGAACCCGGUGUGGAAAACCUUCAAAGUUUCUCUCAACUCGCUCUGCAGCGGGGACCACGAACGCAAGCUGCAGUGCACCGUGUGGGACUGGGACUCAAACGGGAAACACGACUACAUCGGUGAGUUCGAGGCCACGUUCAAAGAGAUGAGAGGAGCCAUCGAUGGACGACAGGUUCAGUGGCCGUGCAUAAAUCCCAAAUACAAAACCAAGAAGAAGAACUACAAGAACUCUGGUAUCGUCAUCCUGAACCAGUGCAAGAUCAUCAAGAUGCACUCCUUCCUGGAUUACAUCAUGGGAGGCUGUCAGAUCCAGUUUACAGUAGCCAUCGACUUCACGGCCUCUAAUGGAGAUCCUCGUAACAGCUGCUCGCUGCACUACAUCCACCCGUACCAGCCCAACGAGUACCUGAAGGCUCUGGUGGCUGUGGGCGAGAUCUGCCAGGACUACGACAGUGACAAAAUGUUUCCAGCGUUUGGCUUCGGAGCUCAGAUCCCUCCUGACUACAAGGUCUCCCACGACUUUGCAGUGAAUUUUAACGAGGAGAACCCAGAGUGUGCAGGUAUUCAGGGCGUGGUGGAGGCCUACCAGGCCUGCCUCCCCAAACUGCAGCUCUAUGGUCCCACCAACAUCGCCCCCAUCAUCCAGAAGGUCGCCAACUCCGCCUCGCAGGAGGUCCACACCAAAGAGGCCAUGCAAUACUUCAUCCUGCUGAUCCUGACAGACGGCGUCAUCACCGACAUGGCUGACACGAGGGAGGCCAUCGUCCAGGCCUCCCACCUCCCCAUGUCUGUUAUUAUUGUUGGAAUUGGGAACGCAGACUUCAGCGACAUGCAGAUGCUGGACGGAGAUGACGGGAUCCUUCGAUCGCCUAAAGGAGAGCCCGUCCUACGAGACAUUGUCCAGUUCGUCCCCUUUCGCAACUUCAAACAUGCGUCUCCAGCUGCUCUGGCUAAAAGCGUCUUAGCAGAGGUGCCCAACCAGGUGGUUGACUACUACAACAGCAAGGGCAUCAAGCCCAAAGUGCCCAGCGAGUACCAGUCUUCCAGGCCGUUCGGCCCGUGAGCGCCGCCUCCACAGUUGCUCCUGGACAGCACAACCUCUCCUGGACUGAGAAAAAUGUUUACUGUCUUUUGUUUGUUGUUGAUGUGGAUGUUAAAGGUGCUACACGUGGCGUUUUACCAUGAAGAAGUGGCUCAUGUCAGUGUACAGGCUGGACUAACAGGAAGUUUUGUUGGAUUGCUUUAUGGCACAAAACAGGUAGAAGGUGUUUCAUUACCUGUCGUCAUCUUUUAGAAACAGUAGUAAGAAGCAGGUGAAGCUGCUGGUCACAGAAGUGCUAGGGUAGUUAGGAUGCUCCCAGGGGGGAAUUGUAAAGAUAUCUUUACACUCACACAUUGGAUAUAAGAGACAGAAUUAGUCAAAGUAGCUAACGUGCCAAUUCAAAGAGCAUUGUGAUAAAAUUAGGAGUGAGGGCCGUGAUGCAAUGCAGUUUGUCAACCUGCAGUGAUGAGCCUCUUGAGGCAGCCAUGGCUGACAUAGAAAACCAGAAGGUUGUGAUGCACAUUAAACGUUGUCAGUGUUUCACCCUCUAGUGUUCCUGAAUGCAGAAAAGUUAAUCAUACAAAGGAUCCAGCACAAUGUUUUUCAGACCUGAGUACAAGACGUAAGCGUGAUGCGACUAUAUCUUAGAGCUCAUGUGGGAGUAACUGUAAUUUCUAAUUUCUAAUUUUCUAACUUGUAAACAUCAUUCACGUCAUGAUCCAACUUUGAUCACCACUAGAAACCAGGGUUUACACUUAUUAGUAGCUUGUUUUGUAAGCAUAUUUGCUAACUAUGUAGCAUUACCUUUGAUAUGCUUUAAAGAAUUGUAGCUAACGUUUGUGUUUCUUUUGUUUUGUGAUAGUGUUUACAAUGACAGCCGGGUCACAUCAGCGUUCAUGACAGCAACAUUUCAGCAACAAAAAGAUUAAUUUCAGUGGAAUUAAGAUGGAGGCAAAGUAAAUCUAUGCAGAGCUUUUGUGUAGAGGACAGUGUGUAGUGGACUUACAUGCAUGUUGAGGUAAAGACCAGUUGUUUUUAACGUAACAGAUGAAGCAGAGUCUGAAAAAGAGGAUGCUAUCAUAUUAGCUUUGUAGCACCAUCUAAUUUUGCAUACUUCUCUGUCAGAGUAAAAAACUGCCAACACUUAUGGUACAAUCUCUUGAAUAAACUGUGAUAACGUUUAGUCCAAUUAGCAACUAAGCCAGCUAGUUUGCCAAACACAAGUUAGCUGACUGGUAGCAAGUCAGCUAGCCUGAUGAGCUAUUUUGGCUGGCUAGGGUCAGGAUAUUACUGUUUAGCUAGCAUGAUAGCAGUUAGCUCACCAGCCACAGUAGCUCGCCAACUAGGCCUGCAAGUAGUCCCUGUAUCACCAAGUUUCCAACACUGCCCAGUUUGUGGAUGCUGAUGACAUGACGGCUCACAAACUGGGACACUGGGAUCUUCAGUCCCACAUCACAUCGACAUCAUAGAGAGCAGAGAGGUCUGAUAAACAGUAGCACUAAAUGUAUCAGUGAGGUGAGGAAGAACUUCAUCUCAUCUUGUGGUACAACUUAUGUUCCAUGUAUAAAAAUGCUAACUGUUGCACCUUUAGCAUCCAUUGUGCAUGCGGGGCCUACAGAGACUGAGCUGAUCGUAACCUUCAGGAGUGUUUUUACAGGAUGUGAAAAGCACACAAACACACAACACUGACCAACCCAAUCACUGCUUCCCUGCAGACAGCAUGACGGGCAGGGAAACAGUCAAUGAUGGAAUGUAUGAACCCCCCUCCUCCCCCUCUGGUUUGGUUUUAUAAGAGUUUAUCGAUAUUUUGCUAAAUUUCGUAAGGUUCGUACGUUGUAAAGCAUUUUGGAUCUCUGCCAGAUGAACAAGCGAGCUGCCUUCACAGACGUCUGCAUCCUCUACUGUUUUUUUCUAAAGGCGAGGCAGAUGCAUGAACUGUUGUUUUGCAUGCAAAUCUCCAUGCAGGACUCCCCGGUCCUUGUGCUCUCUGUUUCCUGGUAGUGAGUAAUAUGAGUAAUAAUAACGUUUACAAUGUACCCGAUGAUGGGGCUGUUCUACUCUCAAGCAUGUUCACGUGUAAACGAAAAUGUGUGAGUAGAUUUAAAAGCACAACCUGAGUAUCCUUGGAGAGAUUUCUAGAUUAUGGUGAUAGAUUUUGGUCUCUUUGUGCCACAACACCUGUCCAUCUCUCUCUCUGUCUUUGAGGAACUGAUUCAUUUUCUUUUGUUUUACUUGGUUUUAUUAAAUAAUUACUUCUGGGAUUUGGACCUUUUAAGGGUGCAACCAUAUUUGCAUCUUUCAGUCUAUAUUUCUUUUAAGUAAGAUCAUUUCCUGUCACUUGUAGAAAACCUUCAGUGCAAACUUCCUCAAAUCUACAGUUGGCUUUAUUCCUACGUCAGGAUCAGAUUUCACGCCCCACCUGCCGAUCCAUUUUCCACCACUCAUACAAAUCCAGGUUGCUGUGGCGGCACGCUAAACAAGGUAGUCCGGACAUCCUUAUACCCAGGUGUCUGUGAAGAUUCUCAGUCAUUCAGGUCAUGGUGUAACUAGAAGUGCUCAGUCAAAGGUGACUGGCACCAGUAAGGCUUUUGAAUGAUAGGCAUCUUCAAUAAUCUGACCGAAGUCCACUUGCCUUUGACUAAGCACUACAAAAUAGGGCACAGAAAAGUUGAUUUGUCGACGUGUCGACGUCAUUGGCACAAGUCGACACCCCCUGGGAGGAGUUGACAAGUCGUGUGUUUUUUCCCCCUCUCUCUCUCUCUGUGUGCUUGUGUACGGAAUGCAAUCGCUGCCUCUGAUUACGCUGAUACUUUAUCCUUGACGGCGUACUAUAAGCGGAGCAGACUCCGCGAGGAAUGUCGGCAGUCAUUCGGGCUUUCAUAGUCGAGCGCACUUCCGUGUUGUAGUUUCCUGUGAAAAAUCCCCGCGAUGUGAAAAAUACAUGCCGAGCAGUCACUGGUGCGCGGAGCGGAGUCCGCGCGGUUGUAAAAUCUGAGCUUUGCGCACACAGGGCUUGCGGAUGUCCGCUUUGAGUCUGCGUGGACCUCCGCAGAGUCCGUUCCGUGUACGUUCCGCCCGAGUAUGUUCGGGCCUUGACAGACACACAUCACAUGUGUGGAGAUACUUCACUUUCCUCCACCGUGUCAAUGUGAUGACGUCAUCAAAUGACUUGUCGACUCGACUCGACUUUAUUGACAGAUAAGUCAACCUGAAAAAAAUCAAAGUCGUUAAUACCCUACUACGAAAUAUAUCAUAUUUUCACGAGCCAUGUCGUCCAGCUUUUCCUGGGGAUUCUGAGUUGCUCCUUGGCCAGAUAAGGUUAAUGAUCCCUGAACAAGCUCUGGGUCUGAUUCCUUUUCUCCUUCUGGUAGGACAUACUGGGAAAAACCUACACAGGGAGGUGACCAGGAGGCAACUUAAUCAGAUGCCCAGACCACCUUAAUUGGCUCCUAUGAGGGAACAGGAGUAGAACUCUUUCUAAAUGUCAAAGCUCCUCAAUUUGUGUCUUUAUUGACAAUGUAAGCAUAAUCAAAUUCUGAUAAAGUCUUUAAGUCAGGAUCAAACUUCAUGAUCCAUCCAUCCAUUGUCACUUGUCUGGGUCCUGGUCUCAAUGGCAUGCUAAGUAAGGUAGUGCACAAGUUCUUCCUAUUACCCAGCUCUCCCUGGGGAUCCAAAGGUUUUCCACAGUCAACUGGGACUAAUCCCUCAAACAAAUUCUAAGUCUGCCACAGUGUCUCCUCCCAGUUGGACAUGUCCAGAAAACCCCCACAGGAAGACAUACAACAAGCGUCCUGAUCAGAUGCACGAAGCACCUCAACCGGCUCCUUUCAACAUGAAGGAGCAGCUGCUACUGUCAGCAUCUUUUGGAUGUCCGAGCUCUUCGCCCUGUCAGACACUGAAGGAAACUCAUUCCAGCUUCUUUUGUCCAUGUUCUCACUCUUUCGGUCAUUACCCGAAGCUCAUGACCACAGCUGAGGGUUGGAAUGUAGACUGAGAGCUUUGCCUUCAACAUCCACAUUACUGCUGAUGCACCAAUCGACCAGUCAACCUUAUUCAGAUCCGGGUCAUGGUGGCACCAGACUAUGCAAGGCGGUCCCUUUCCUCAACCACAUCCUUCAAGUCCACUUUGGAGGAUCCCAAGAUGUUCCCAGGCCAGAUGAGAAAGGCAGUCCCUCCAUUGUGUUGUGGAUCUGCCCUGGGGUCUUUUCUCCUAGGUGGAAGUGCCUAGAGAACUUUAGCAUAGAGGAACCACCUCAACAAGUUCCUUGAAAUGCAAAAGAGAUAGAGAAGGUUCUAGUUCAAGCUCUCCUGGAUGCCUGAACCCCUUGCCCAAAGUAUUACCAAAUCAGCCACUUGUGUCCACAAUCUCAUUCUAUAGGUCAAAACUCAUGGCCAAAGGUGAGUUUGAACGUCGAGAACUUGACCUUAAGACUCAACUCCCUUUUGUUGAAGCCCAAAAGGCUGUUAACAAUACCAUAUGGCUGAUCUAGUGUUCCAUCUUCCAUCUGAAGAUACUUGAAAUCCUUCAUCCGUGUCAUGAUUUAAAUGGUUUGAUCUGACUGAUGUGGGGGUGUCCGCAUGAAAUAAGCCUAGGGUAUAGUUUUAUUGGAUUCUUCUUGAAAAAAAAAAAUAGCAAGUCCAAUUUUUGUCUUCUUGCACAAUUUCUAUGAAGUACUCCUGAAUUCCUGAUCCUGGACGUUCUAAUUAGCUUGUUUUACCUGAUCAGUGUUGCUUGCUAGUGCGCUAGCUUCAAAAGUUGCCAGAUGACUUAGAUUUAGAAAUAAAGUCGCUGAGAGGAUCUGAAAGGUCAUUAAAUCUAGUGAGAAAGUCAGUUAGUCGGCAACACUGUACCCGAUCAACUCAAACAGAACAUUGAUAGGAGUAAAAAUCUUGCCCCAUUAAUGACUUGUGCGAGUUACUUCAGGAACCUUAUCUGCAGAUUGCUUUUCAUGUGUUGCAUUUUGCAUUAAUACAGCAUUUUCAUAUUAUUUCAAAGUACUUCAAAGACACUUUCAAGUUUACUGUUUGAAUAAUUGAUUUAUCAUCAUCACAGGAAAGUACAGGCACUUUGCAUUUUUGUUCGUUCUGUUGAACAAAGACAGAAGAUGGCGGACAGGUGUUGGACACAUGACUUAUUGUUGUGUUAACAUGCAGUAUUGUGUGCAAAACAAUGACAA